AGACUUACGCCAUCGACUGGAGUUGUUUUGUCCAAUUUAAAAUUUUGUGAUUGAAAAAUGGCAACAGAAGUGGAAGAAACUAUAAAGCGUAUUCAAGCGCAUAAAGGUGUUAUGGGUGUAGUGAUUGUGAAUCAUGAAGGUAUUCCAAUAAAAAGUUCGUUGGACAACGCGACUUCAGUUUUAUAUGCUGGUUUGAUUGGACAAUUGACAGAGAAAGCAAGGAAUGUUGUUCGUGAAAUGGACUCUACCAAUGAGCUGACGUUUUUGAGAGUGAGAAGUAGACGGCACGAGAUACUAAUUGCCCCUGAUCGUGAAUUCAUACUCAUUGUCAUACAGAACACAUCAGAUUAGGUACUCCAAUUAAAAAGUUUUCAAAAAAUCUAAAAACACAAGUAAAAAGAAUUAGAUAAAAGCUUAAUAGCAGUUAACAUUUGUGGACUGUUGUCAGAUUCUAUAUUUAGUUGGCAAUGUUAUAAAACAUAAAUAUUAUUUUAUUCACUUUCAAAGAAACGCAAGUCAGAAUUAUUUAUGUUUAUCUAGGGGGCCUUAUUGUAUUUGCUAAUAUUCUGUAUUGAAAAGACAUAAGACUAACAUGUUAAGUUAAAACAUUUAACAAAACUGCUUGUAAUAUUAUACUGAACUCUAAAUUUCUUUGACUGGCAUAGUAAAAUCCUAUAAUUAUUAUUUCUAAGCUAAUGUUUAGUCUGUAAGAUUAACUGUUAUGCAAUUUUUUAUUUAAAUUACAUUUUUUAAAAUCAUAUGUAUUUAUUAUUUAACUGAAUAAACAAAUAAUCGUC